AUGGAAGUUCUUAAAAAUUCUACUAUUAAUCUUAUUCGAUCAACAAAUAAUAUUAACAACCGGGUUGGUCAUGAUUCAUAUGAUCACCCGUUUCUUCAAAUUGAUAAACAACAACAAUAUGUGGUUCAAUCUUGUUUACGUUCUGUGCCUAAAUUUAAUGGUCAAGGAAAUGCAGAAGAAUGGUUCCCAAGCAGACAAACUUUUGAAAAAACGCGUUUAAACGCACAGAAAUUGGCCUAAAAUCAGCAAAAAGUGGGCGUUUUUGGCUCACACUUGAGGUUCCCGACUGUGAGCCAAAAACGCCCAUUUUUCGUGUUUUUUGUGCGUUUAAAUGCGUUUUCAGAGAAAAAACGCAUUUACACGCAUACAAAAAAGAAAAAAAGGGCGUUUUUUGCUCUCAGUCGGGAACCUCAAGUGUGAGCCAAAAACGUCCACUUUUUGCUGA